AUGUCGGCCGCCAGCACCGAGACCAGUGCCCCUCUGCCCACCGCCGGCAGCCGGGUCUUCUUCCAAGGGGCGUCCGGUGUGAGCUGCGUGGGCUCCGGCCCCAUCACCGGGGACGACCCGGUGCAGAAGCGCCAAGGCAAAGUGACCGUGAAGUACGACAGGAAGGAGCUGAGGAAAAGACUGGUGCUGGAGGAGUGGAUCAUCGAGCAGCUCAGCGAGUUGUACGACUGCGAGGAGGAGGAGAUGCCUGAGGUGGAGAUAGAUAUAGAUGACCUGCUGGAUAUCACCAGUGACGACGAGAGAGCCAUAAAACUGAUGGAAUCAUUAACAGACUGCUACAAACCAACAGAGGUUUUUGUCCGUGAGUUGCUGGGCAGGAUAAGGGGAAUGAGAAAACUCAGCGCUCCCACAAAGAAGGGCCUAUAAUCGCCGCCGUGUCGGCCAUCAAUCAGACGUCAACUACAUCAUCUCAGCACCACCUGCUUACCCGCACUCCACAUGGACUGUCAUCACACGAAAAAUAAGUUGUCAAAACAUUAGCCAAUGCAAUCAUGCACCAUAAAAUCCAUGCAUAUAGCACCACAAGGUUUAUUAUAAUAUUUGACUGU